AAUUGUAUCAGCACAUUUUUUCUCUCUGUUCUUUUUCCCGUCUACCUUCCUUUGUUCACGAGGAUACAAGACUGGCCAACGAGAGUCAGGCGAGGCAAGCGAAGCGAGCCAGCAACCUCCACCGUAGCAUGCAGCUGCCAUUGCCAUCCCCGGGGUUGGGAGCCAUGUGGAGCCUCCUCCCCCUCCUCCUCUUCCUCAGCUCGUCCCUGCUCGCCGCAACCACCAUAGCCUACGACCUGUGGUACACCGAGUGCGCGAGCAACACGAACUACACGCGCGGGGGCGCGUUCCAGGCCAACCUCGACGCGCUCCUCUCCUCCCUCCCCGCCGCCGCGGCCGCGUCGUACGGGUUCGCCGACAACUUCACAGGCGCCGCGCCCGACCAGGCCUACGGCCUCGCGCAGUGCCGCGGCGACGUCAACGCGUCGACGUGCCUCGCGUGCUUGGACGGCGCUGCGCGGCACAUGGCCGCCACCUGCCCCGGCCAGAAGGACGCCAUGCUUAUCUACGACGAGUGCCUGCUGCGGCACUCCAACGCGAGUUUCUUGGGCGCGGCCGACGCGUCGGUGAGGUUCUGCGCGUGGAACCCGCAGAACGCGACGCAGCCGGAGGAGUUCAGGACGCGGCUCGGCGCGCUGAUGGGCAACCUCACGGCGCGGGCGGCGUUCGCGUCCCCGCGGAUGUUCGCGGCCGGGAAGGCCGCCGUCUCGCCCUUCGCGAACGUCUACGGCAUGGCGCAGUGCACGCGGGACCUCGCCGACGACGACUGCAACCGCUGCCUCGACGGCGUCGUCGCGUUCAUCCCGAACUGCUGCGACGGGAAGCAGGGCGGCCGGGUCAUCGCCCGCAGCUGCUCCAUCCGGUUCGAGGUGUACUCGUUCUACGACGCCUUGGGCGCCCAGGAGGCCAUGUCGCCGGCCGCGGCCCCCGUCCCCGGAGGCGGGCCGACCAACGGCAGCGGGCACUCCGUGGACGGAAACACCGGGAGCAGCAGUCACACGGUCCGGACAGCUCUUCUCGUAGCAAUUCCUGUCGCUGUCGCGCUGCUGCUGCUAGUUGCUGUCUUCCUCUUCCUCUGCAGGAGGAACAGACAACUGCACAAGCAUGUGCAGGUUGCAAGCAGCGUACACGAAGAUGAAGAAGACAUGAGAAGCUCAGAGUCUCUCCUCUAUGAUCUGAGCACCCUACGAGCUGCCACGGACAACUUUUCGGAAGAAAAUAAGCUCGGCGAGGGAGGGUUUGGCCCAGUCUACAAAGGCACGCUGCAGGACGGGCAGGACAUUGCGGUGAAGAGGCUGUCAGCAACUUCGCAGCAGGGGCAGGUGGAGAUGAAGAACGAGGUGGUCCUGUUGGCGAAGCUCCAGCACAGGAACUUGGUGCGCCUGCUCGGCUGCUGCACCGAGGAGCACGAGAGGCUCCUCGUCUACGAGUUCCUCACCAACAAUAGCCUCGACAAAAUCAUCUUCGCACGGCGGCAUGAGCUGGGCUGGGGACUGAGGCAGAGGAUCAUCGAGGGCAUCGGGCGAGGGCUCCUCUACCUCCACGAGGACUCGAGGCUGACCAUCAUCCACCGCGACCUCAAGGCCAGCAACAUCCUGCUGGACGCGGACAUGAACCCCAAGAUCUCUGACUUCGGCUUGGCCAAGCUGUUCAGCAUCGACUCCAGCGUGGGAAACACCAGCCGCAUUGCCGGAACAUACGGAUACAUGGCGCCGGAGUACGCCCUGCACGGCAUCUUCUCGGCCAAGUCGGACGUCUUCAGCUACGGCGUCCUUGUCCUCGAGAUCGUCACCGGCCGCCGAAACUCGUACACGCAUGCUUCGGGACCGUCUGAAGAUCUGCUUACCUUUGUUUGGACGCACUGGAGCCGUGGGAGCGUGCAGCCUCUGCUGGAGGGGUGCCCCGACGAGGGUCUCCGUGCGCAGGAGGUGCUGAGGUGCAUCCACGUCGCUCUGCUCUGCGUCCAGGAGGAUCCGCACGACCGCCCCAGCAUGGCAUCGGUCGUCGUCAUGCUCAACAGCCGCUCCAUCACGCUACCGGCGCCCGCCGCGCCGGCGUACGCGGUGCCCGGCCGCGCGGUCACGGCAUCAGAGAACCCGCCGCGGAGGAUGAGCUUGGGUCGCCAGGGUCCCAUGGCGGCAGCUCGGGAGCCUUCUAUCAACGAAGCUUCCGUGUCUGAGUUGCACCCUCGUUGAUGCUGUACGAGUCACUGAAUCACUGAAUCGGCGUGGAUGCCGGACCGCCGAUCAAUCGAUGGACAACAAUGAUGCUUUGUGUUCGUUUUUUUUAAUCUUCGUUUUGAAUUCGGGAGUACAGUUUGUAUUCGAAAUUGUCCCAUGGAAAGUGUUUGUGGAACUUCUCGUCGGGAUUUUGUUCAGACGCUUGUAAAAGAUGAGCUCUGACAUGCUUGUUUGAUUCAACUAGCACGAAUAUUGUAAAAGA